AUGUCGGCCGAAGUAGCCACCGAGCCCACCGGGCCAGCCCCAAGACAGGUUGUUUAUUGUGGAGUCUGCUCCCUACCACCUGAGUACUGCGAAUUCGGUGGCACGGCAAAGAAGUGUGAGGAAUGGCUAGGGAAAGCACAUCCUGAUUUACAUCAAAAACUAUACUCAGCAGAGGUAUUGAGUGCCAAUCUAUCUGCACUGUCCGUGGAUGCGCAAAAGCGAGCCGAUAAGGAUGCAGCCAAAAAGACAGCCAAGGCAGCGGCUGCUGAGCAACGUGAAGCCGAGAGAAAGGCAGAAGCGAUAGUGCUGAUAAAGCGAGUCGAACGAAACAAGCGGAAAUAUGUCACUGUGGUCUCUGGGUUGGAGGAACACGGUCUGGAACUGAAGAAAGUGGCCAAAGAGUUGGGCAAGAAAUUCGCGACUGGAAGUAGUGUCACCAAGACAGCAGCGGGUGGUGAGGAGAUCACAGUCCAGGGCGAUGUUAGCGAUGAUCUUUACGACUGGCUCCAGGAGAAAUACCCCGAGAUACCAGAAGACAAUCUGGAUAUGAAGGAUGAAACCAAGAAGAAGAGUGCACAAAGCUGA